GUAACGGUAGCGAACGAAGGAUUAGGGAAGGAUUCGCUUUGGAAGGGGAAUUCUGCGGCUUUUAAUUGUCCGUUCGGUCUGAUGUUGCCACCUUCAUCUUUAUCCUUCGUAUGUCAGAACGUAAUCUCUGAGCUGACGGCAGUGAAACAGCCAAUAGCCCAAAAUGGUUGGUGUACCCGGCAGAUCCAAGGCAUGCGUCACAUGUCGGAAGCGCAAGAAGGGUUGCGAUAAGAAAGUCCCCCUUUGCGGUCAAUGUCUCGCCAUAGGCAUCCCAUGCGAAGGAUACGAACGCCAGCAGAUAUGGCUCAACAGUGAAGGUUCUACGCAAAAGUCCUAUUCUAAAUCUCCAUCCAAAAGUCCCCCUACAUCUCCUUCUCAUUCCAGUCCACCCGGCUCGGUAGUCAUACUUCACGACUCGCUCACAAGGACAGCCAGAACCCAGAAAUUCACUGGCCUCUUCUGGUCAGACUAUCUCUCUGGAGGAAGUGGUUUCUCACCCAAAGCCUCUGGCAUAACUAGUACCAGACGGAUGGCACUCUACGAAGCCCUUAGUGAAGUUGAAGUUAGUCUUCAAUAUGUUGCUAUGGCACUAAGUACAGCUACACUCGGCGCCAGCAAUGAUGAUGUCCAGCUCAUGAGCAAGAGUCAACAAGCGUAUGGGCUGGCAAUGCAACAGAUGGCGAUCUCAUUUGUCUCUCCAACGCGAAACAAGGAUGGUAUUCUUGCAGCUAUCCAACUGAUGCGUGUGUAUGAGCAAUUAUUCGGUACCGGAAUUUCCGCAGCUCAACGAAACUCGCCUGUGUCACAGAUCAAGGGCUUCAGAAAACACAUAGAUGGGGAGACUGCCCUGAUAUUGAGUCGCGGCCCCGAGGAUUCCUGGUCUUCCAUGGGAAGACAGCUGCUGGCAGACGGUCGUCUAACCUUGAUCAACGCUUACAUCUCACGGCGGAAAAGAUCCCCCUACAGUAAGGGCUGGAAGCAAUCACAACUCUGGCGCUCAGUCACGAACUCACCUCUGAACCAGCUCAUCGAUAUCUUGGUGGAAGUCCCAUCGCUCCUCGAAGACAUAGAUAUCUUCCGGAAAACACUGAAUAAAGAACUGCAUAACUCAAUUCUGACAAGAUGUCGCUCCUGCGAAGCCGAGAUACUGGCUCUGGGAUUGGAGUUUGGCGAGUCACUGACUACAUAUGACUAUACCUAUACCAGGGAGCCCUUACCACUUCCUACAAACGAUGAUGAUCUUGCGGUCAUUUAUUUGACUUGCUGCUACUGGAAGACUUGCCUUUUCAUAUACUCCACAAUGGGCUUCUGCGAGCUGGAAUACCCUGAUGGUUAUGAAGGGGGUCCAAUACUGAGCUGCCCGAGCCAACGAAUUGCAAUGUCCUACGCUUACAAAAUCGCGCACGCCAUACACUUGCUAUUCGAAACGCCAGCCGGGACUUAUAGCUCAGUGGCUUCGUUCUUCCUCCUUGGAACUGCCCUACGAUAUCUGAUCAUGAUAGAGACCCAUGGUGGCCAUAACAUCAUGAGCAAUGAGAGGUUAUUGUUGGUAAAGAUAUUUACUCGACCGUUUCUGGGGAGUUUUGUUGGGAGAUUUCUCCAGAAUCUGCAGGUAGAUGAUGGUAUCGAUUACGGAUAUCCUGCGGACACUCUGCUGGGAAUGAGGGGCGUUGAGUAUAGAGCGCGAGUCUGGUGGUGCGGGAUGCUAGGAGCUGGGUUACCAGAGUUCACACUAAAAGAUCCUUGUUACCCGUCAAAAUGACAAUUUGUGUUAUAUAUGUUAUUCCCAAGCUAUAUACAAAAGAGCCUCCAAGCCAUCGUCGCAAACGAACGUGUUGACCCAGCAUCAUUCAGUCAUAAACAGUGUUUAAUCGCUCAGCAAAUGUUCUUCUGGGCGUUACCAGUAAUACCCCAGUAAAUGUUGUCAGCACAAGGAGACUCCCGAACAGUGUUGCUA